AUGUCGUUGAGCAGCGGCGGCUCAGAAAUUCCCGGCAACAUGUCCAGCAGAAGUUACAGCGAGAUAUCGGAAGUGGAGACCUUCAAAGUCGGAUUGGAUCUCGUAUCGGCUGCUCGGCGAAAUAUCGGGUUCCUGAGAACUGUGGCCGAGUCUCAUUGGCUUCACCAGAAGCCAACGGUUAUUGAAGCCAUACGAAGGUACAAUGAGCUUUGGAUGCCGUUGGUUUCUGAUCUGACGGUCGAGUCAACAACUCCUCCUACGAUUCAUCCUCCUAUAGACAUUGAGUGGGUUUGGUUCUGUCACACUCUGAAUCCGGUUUAUUACAGGCAAUACUGUGAGUCAAAGUUCUCAAAAUUGAUAGGAAAAGCAACUAUUUUUGACGAUGAGAACGAAGAGUACGCAUUAAUGAGGUGCAGAGAAUUAUGGGUCAGAAGGUACCCAAAUGAGCCAUUUGAGAAUGAAGUUUAUUCUGAUUCAGAUGUGAGGGUUCCAGAAGAAGCCAAUGAAGAAGAGCUUUUGGAGGAAGUGAAAAAGAAUAGAUUUUUGUAUUCGAAAUUUUCAGAGCCAUACAGGGCUGAAAUUGUGUAUUUGAUAGCAGCAAGACAGAGGUACAAGAGGUUUUUGUUCAUGGUGCAGAGCUCCAUUGAUUUGUGUUCUUCUUUGGUGCCUGCCUCUGAUAUUAUGCUCAUGUGGCUAUCCCAUCAGAGUUACCCAACAGUAUAUGCUAAAGAUUUGAAAGAGAUGGAAGGUGAUUUGGGGAAGGUGGUAAGCAUGUGGGCCACUGUCAAGGAAAAAGAGGUGGAAGAGACCAAGAAGCUUUGGGAGAGGACGUUUGAUCAACCGUAUGAGAAAGCUGGUGGAGAAAUAGCUUUGGAAUUGGAUGGAGGUGUCUCAUUCAAGCCAACAGUUUACUGGGAGGUAUCAGACACAGAUGUCAAUACGAAAUACAAGCCAAUGCACCCCAGAUUCUUACUUGAGGUUUGUGUGUUUGUCAGGCUGAGGGAUAAGAUGAAGGAAAUGCAAGAGGAUAUGAAACGCAAUGUCCUUCGUCUUCGAAUGGUGAGGUGUCACAGGGAGUUAAAGCUUGAAAAACCCGUCUCCGACUUUCCCUAUUCAUCAUGGCGAAAAGCUUGGCAUCUCUACUGUGAGUUUGGAACCAAAGGAGUCAUAUUUGAGAUUCGCAAGCGUGGUGGCUCAUGUUUUAAAGGAAGUAGUGUGCAAGAGACUGUUACAUUCCAUUGGAAUGACUUACUUAGAGCACCCUCUCUAACUUUGGAGAAGGAAGAUCAACAAGUUAAAAUUGUUGCUUCAAUAACUCCACCAGUUCAAGCACCAUACCUGUUGAAAUGUGUGCCAGACCGUGUCACAGAUGAUUCUGGGGCAAUGAUAUCGGAUCUGAUUCUGAGAAUGAACCAGUAUCGUCCCCAAGAAGGCCGGUGGUUGUCUCGCACUGUUCUUGAUCAUGCAGGGAGAGAGUGUUUUGUGAUUCGAAUAAGGGUGGGAGAAGGGUUUUGGAGAAGAGGAGGCGAAACUCCAUCAGCUGUGAAAUGGGAGGAUAGGAUUAUAGAGAUUCGAGAAGGUUCUUGGUCGUAUGUUGCUGGUUCCAUUGGUAGAGCCCCUGUGAAACUGGUAGGAACAGCCAUACCGAAAGAACCACCAGAACAAUGGAAAGCUGCUUGGAAUUUUUCGACAGGAGACGAACUCAUGAUACAGUGGGAACUGUCAUCAUCAAAAUCAGGUCUGAGUUUUGGUUUAAAAAAUCCAGCUGCAGAAUCAAUGGUUAAGCUGUUGAAAGGACGGAAAAUGCAGUAUCAAGUAAAGAAAAAAAAGUCACUGACCAAAGACGAAGAGUGGCAAAAUGAGGAAGAAGGUGAAGAGGAAGAAGAAGAUGAAGAAGAAGAGGGCUUCCUAACUCUUGUCCGGUACACAGAAGAUAAUCCAAACGGACGAGCAACAGCUCUUUUAAAUUGGAAGCUAUUGGUAGCAGAAUUGAUGCCUGAAGAAGAUGCAGUAUUGGUGCUUCUUCUAUGCAUCUCUAUACUAAGAAGUGUAUCAGAGAUGAAAAAAGAAGAUGUUGGAUGUUUGCUAAUCCGAAGAAGACUAAAGGAAGUAAAACUCGGGACUAGAGAUUGGGGUUCUGUGGUACUUCACCCUUCCUCAAGUUCAUCUAUUUCUUCACCAUACCUUCAACCUUGGUAUUGGAAUGCAAAGGCAUUUUUAGCAUCAGAUGGUGCAGGUCACAUUACUAGGCAACCAAGUAUUAGUUAUUCACCAGAGGAAGGUGGUGAUAAGUUUUACAAACGAGGGAUACUAGCAUGA